CCUGUUCUGCCACAUGAGUCUGGGGUCUGUCCCAAGCCUGCACAUCCCCCCCAUCUGCGCAGACUUUUCACGUAUCCCUAAACGUUUUUGAUGCCAGAAUACAUGCAGAAUCAAAGGUUCUGUAAUGGAUUGUGAGGUCACUUAAUGUCACAGAACAGAUACUGUGUACGUUUUGAUUAAUGAACAGGGAGCUGCAAACGACUUCACUGAACUAUGCAACUGAACAACAGCUGGAUGUGUGUGACUUAAAGUGUAACUGAAGUGAACUGAACAGCUUCUUCAACAACCAGUGCAAUCCCAUGCUGGGUGUGACUGUGUGAGGCUGUCUGUCUGCGAGGUGUCCCUGGGUCUUGACUGAGAACAGGAGAAAAACAGAGGGAACAGAAAAAGGAUCUGAGCAUGGUUCAUGCCGUGGCUAUGGCUCAGGGGAAAAAGAGACCAGCGGUCCCCCCUCCUGAUGGGGGCUGGGGCUGGAUGAUUGUGGCCGGUUGCUUCUUGGUCACUGUCUGCACACGUGCCGUCACCAGAUUGCAUGUUUGCGAGCAGAAUUGAGGGGAGUGGAGGUUUAUUCGAUCGCCUCCUACUCCUCAGAAGGCAGCCUGCCUUCCGGCCUAUCUUUCUCUGCAUACUCUUCACGCAGAUCACUGAGGUCGGGGCCUGUUCCCGAGGGAGCCGUAUAUCCUCGGACUCGUCAGAGUCGUGAAAGAAGAAAAAGGAUUCUGCUAGUCUGUGAUGCAUCUCCAUCUUCUUUGUGGAGUUUCAGAUGUACUUUGGAGCGGACUGUUCAGGGACAGCCUGGAUCCACAGUCUGGUGGACUGCACCACUAUGCUGUGUGCUCCUCUAGGCAGCUUCAUUGGGAACCGUCUGUCGUGCCGCAUCGCUGUGAUCCUUGGUGGCUUUCUGUCCUCCAUCGGCCUGGUCCUCAGCUCUUUCGCAACCAGCCUGGAGUACCUGUACCUCACCCUGGGGGUCCUCACAGGUAUUGGAUUUGCCCUCUGCUACACCCCUGCCAUAGCCAUGGUGGGCUCAUAUUUCUGUGAGAGGAAAGCCCUGGCGUACGGGAUCGCCAUGUCAGGCAGUGGCAUCGGGACCUUCAUCCUGGCCCCUGUCGUCCAGAUGCUCAUAGAGCACUACUCAUGGCGUGGGGCCCUGCUCAUCCUAGGGGGUGUUGUUGCCAACCUGUGUGUCUGUGGGGCAUUACUGCGCCCUAUCACUCUGAAAGAAGAAGAGGAGGCUCAUGGUCCAGUCCCAUUGGACACAGAGUGUGGAUAUGGGGUGAAAGCUCCGGUGGUGAGCAUGUUAGAGGAAUCACUGGCGAUCAACAACAACAACAACAACAGCCACCGCUGCUUCUGCUUCCAGUCCAUGCAGGAGUACUGCUUCCUGCUCAUGCCUGAAUUCCUGAUGCUGGCAGUGAGCUUCUUGUUCCUAGCCAGUGGCUGCAGCCUGCCCUUUGUCUACCUGGUUCCGUACGCACUGGACGUGGGUGUGAGCCACCACCAGGCCGCCUUCCUCAUGUCCAUCCUGGGGGUCAUAGACAUCGUGGGGAACAUCACCUUCGGCUGGCUCGUAGACAGAAGGUGCCUGAAGAAGUAUCGUAUUGUGUGCUACAUGAUAACAGUGGGCAUGGAGGGACUGUGCUGCCUCUUUAUCCCUCUCCUGCGGACGUUCACCCUGCUGGUGCCUUUCUCUGUGUUUUAUGGGUACUUUGAUGGCGCCUACGUUGCCCUCAUACCUGUGGUGACCUCGGACAUUGUGGGGACACAUAACCUCUCCUCCGCCCUAGGGAUUGUCUACUUCCUACAUGCCAUCCCUUACCUGCUCAGCCCUCCAAUAGGAGGCUGGCUGGUUGACACCACAGGCACCUACACGGCCACCUUCUUCCUCAGUGGCUUUGCCCUCAUCUCCAGCUCCCUGGUCAUCAGCACGGUGACGGGGAUACGCCACUGUCGCAGGACCCAAAAGCACAGAAACAAAAAUAAAAACAUAGACCCCAAACAGGAGCUUUGCCGAUCAGACUUCUACACAGCCUCAAGUAAAGAUGUGAACCCUUCAGUCAACACAGCAAAUUCUUAACAUUGAACGCUUUUGUGUAGUUAUGCAUUUGUUUUGUUGGAAUACCAAAGUACAUUGAAGAUUAUGAGAAACGGUCAUCGAUUGGUACACAUAAUCUAGCGUGAUAGUUCAGAAUUGGGAAUGACUUUCCUCAGAUGCUAAAUGGACACUAAAUGGAAGGUAAAUAAUUAUGCCGUAUCAAGAUAAACUUUAGCCAAAAUAUGGACUUAAAAUAAUCUCUCUAUCAUGCCUGUGAUGUUAUUGCACAUUUUAUGUGCCUUUCUCUUUUAGGGUUGACAAGACUGCCAAUAUAAAUAUAACUAAGGAAGUUGAUCAAUUUUAAUAUCACUGAAGAUUCUGACAGGGUUAUAGCGCCUUUCUGUAAUAGAUUAUUUCUGAAGAUGACAAUCUUCAUGUUGUUUUGUAACACCUUAUAUUGACAAGAGAGGGCAGUCAUGAUCAAAGGCCAGUGUGGGAUGGCUCCUUUGUAAAAGUCUAUUCACAGCUGAAGGCGGAUUUUUCUUGAGCAGAUGGUCAGGGAAGACCAAAGAGAUAUAGUAUUUGACUCAAACAGAAUCAUUUCAAACCUUGAUUACAAUGGGACACGAAUACAUAUGCCACUCUAUGCGUGGGUGUCACGUCCUGACCCUUGUAAGAUGUCAUUUUCUAUAGUAGAGUAGGUCAGGGCGUGACAGGGAGUGUUUUGGGUGGUUUUCUAUGUUUUCUAUUUCUAUGUUGUUGUUUUUUUUGGGUUGAUCUCCAAUUGGAGGCAGCUGGUCCUCGUUGCCUCUAAUUGGAGAUCAUAUUUAAAUAGGUUUUUUUCCAUCUGUGUUUGUGGGCAGUUAUUUUCUGUUUAGUCUCUGUACCUGACAGAACUGUAUUCUGAUCGUUUGCCGUUUAUUAUUUUGUCUUUAGUAUUUUUGAGUUAAUAAAUAUCAUAAUGAGCACUCAA